AUGGUCCUGCGGAAGGAUGCUGUUCCAGUCAUGCACGCGGCCCGACGGGUACCCUUGGCCCUGAGAGAGCCUCUUCGACAAGAAGUGGAAUGCAUGGAAACUGCCUCCAUUAUCAAGAAAGUGGACGAACCGACAGAAUGGUUCGUGCCUGGCAAGGAGCUGGUUCUGGCGGACAUGCUGUCGCGUGCACCUAUGCCAUCACAGUCAUCGAGUGCCUUCACAGACGUCGACAUCCAUGCGACAGAGGUCGUCUCCGGCAUCGUAGGCACGCCUAUGAAAGUACGUCUGGAAAAGGAAACAAGGAACGACCCGUAUUUGAGCGAGCCAACCCCGGACAGGCCAUGGCACCGAGUGGGAAUUGACAUUUCUCAGUUCGGGGGAGCCUCCUAUGUCAUUGUAUACGAUGCCCACUCCAAUUUUCCUGACCUAGAGAAGCUAAGAAGCACAACGGCCAAAGAGGUCAUAGAUAAAAUAUCGGCCAUCUUCUCACGGUACGGCAUCCCGGUUCAUGUAUGUACUGACAAUGGGCCCCAGAUUGGAUCGCAAGAGUUCCGAGAGUUCGGACAAAGAUAUGACUUUCAGCACAUCACAUCGAGUCCAGAAUUCUCUCGGUCAAAUGAACUGGCAGAAAAGGGGAUUCAGAUUGUUAAGCGCAUUCUAAAGAAGACCAACAACUCUAAUGGUGACUUUUGGUUGGGGCUUUUAGCCUAUCGGUCAUCCCCACUAGAAGAUGGUCGCUCUCCGGGUGAACUACUGCAAGGCCGGCACCUUCGCACGACCCUUCCCGAGUACCAAGGUGAUCCCAGAACUACAGUGGAAAAGCGUCGCCAGUCUUCGAAGGGAAAGGCACUACCACCGCUCGGAAGUGAAACUGCAGUACGCAUUCAUAAUGGACACUGGUCACGCACAGCGACAGUAAGCGAGCAAGCCGCACCAAGAUCUUACAUGGUGAAGACCGAGGACCAGCUGAUGCUGAGGCGAAACAGGCAACACGUGCUGAGCAUACCCGGAAACGGUACAAACGAGGAUGAAGAUCAAGACGCCGACAGCCCUGAAAACAUGGUCAAUCGGGACAAAAGCGAGGACAGCAAUACACCUGGCGAACAAACGCACGGAGACCAACAUGGCAUAGCAGAUCCCACAGCUAUAACACAAGGUGCCCAAAAUGAAGGAGACAAUUUCAAUUUUUCAAGAGCAUGA